CAGACUUUGGAGAGCAUUGUUAGAAAAAGCACACAACCAACUUACAGAUUGCUGAAGCAUGGCUUGUAAUGGCAACUACCUCUGUGUGUCCCUGGUUGUUCUGUCCAUGGUGAUUCAUCUGUUGCACUCUUACCCUGGAGAAGAAAUGACACAAGGCUGCCCAGAGUGUAAACUCAGGCUGAACAGAUACUUCUCACAACCGGGCGCUCCAAUUUACCAGUGCAUAGGCUGCUGCUUUUCAAGAGCUUUUCCUACCCCUCUCAGAUCAAAACAAACCAUGGUUGUUGUGAAAAAUAUUACUUCGGAGGCAUCAUGCUGUGUAGCUAGAGAACUAAAAAGACUCGAUCUGAUGGACGACUUGAAAGUGGAAAAUCACACUAGAUGUCACUGCAGCACCUGCUACUUCCACAAGUUUUAG